CUGGUGCUCGGGAGAGUGCUCUGUGCAUAAGAGUAUUUAAGAUUGGAUUUAUUUAGAAGACAUUUCUGCUUUUGAGGGAUAUGAAGCUCAUUUAAAAAUACUUGUUUUCCAUUUUCCUCAAUAAGUGGUAAGCAUGUUAGGGACAGAAACCUUCCUGAACAUUUCUGCCCUUGCCUCCCAGAACCUUAGUCCUUAGUCCAUAGGUAACUUAAAAUGGCCUGGGUAGCUUUGGAUGUGGGGUAGUUAGAGAAAGGCCCUGAGGAGGGAUGAGAAGCUGAUCUGGCAUGAAGAGAGCAGUGGUUGGUUCCUGGACGAGAAGACAAUGAACGAUUGAGGGAAAGAGCAGCUUCUGGAAAGGUUUGGCAACAGUGAAGAUAAGAGGCCAGUGAAGAGAUCCUGGGAGGGACAAGGAGAGUGAGGAAAAGGGAUAAGCUUGGAAACAUGUUCUGAUAAAAAGCCGGGCAUUUAUCCUCUUAUCUUUCACCAGUGCCUGAACAGUUACAUCGAAUACACUCCGAGCCUGGACGCUGGGUGAGCCCUCUGGGUCUUAGACUUGAGAUACUAAGUAUUGAAAUUUUCAAACUUGAAAAUCACAGUAAGAGGAGAGAUCUCUGAGCUACUGCCCAUCCUAGUGUCGCUUGCAUUGAACGUUGAUUAUGUUGACAAUGAAAAGCCAGGAGAGCUUCAAGAAGGAAAGAGGACAAUAGCUAAAUGUUCCAAGAAGUCAAGGAGGUCAUGAAGUGUUGGGGUAAGUCAGGCAGGUGCAGAACAAUGUGUAAAGAAAGUGAAGUAUACUAUCUAUUAUGCAACACCAAGGCUAAGUGCUGUGUGGAUCCCAAGUAUGUACCUGUAGAACCACCAAAACUACCAAACACAAAUACAAGCCUGGAAUCAAUUUCUGCAGUCUGACACCUCUCUUCCAACCUGGAGCCUCAACAUCCUGGGAUCCCACAGUUCUAUUAAACCAUUCUUGGCAGUAUCCUGUUUCUGUCUGAUAG